AUGCCAUCCAUUCGGCGUAUCGAGAAGAAAAUGGAAGAAUGGGAAAAAGCAAAAGAGGUUCUAAAAAGGGUAUUUAAGAAAAUAGACAAGUUAGGAAACAUUGCCACUCAGCAGUUCUUAUACAAAGAGCCAAUACUUGAAGCUGCACGUCGAAAUGCCUAUGAGGUUGUUGAUGAGAUCUUGUCCAGAUCACCUGAAGCAAUUUAUUGGAAAGAUAAAAAAGGGUUUAACAUCAUCCAUUUAGCAGUAACACAUCGUUCAGAAAAAAUCUACAAGCUUAUCUAUGACAAUGUCAAUGUUGAUCGUAGAAGUCUUUAUAAACCACAAUUAGAUUCAUCUGAGAACAAUAUCUUGCACUUGGUUGGAAGAUUGGCGCCUUCAAACAAACUCAAAAGUAGAAGAGGUGCAGCAUUACAGCUUCAACGAGAGCUUCAAUGGUCUCAAGAACUGAAGAAACUUGCGGAUCCAACAUUCACUACUGAAAAGAACAUCUAUGGAGAAACACCAGGUAUGGUGUUUACAAAGGAACACGAAAACAUGGUAAAGGAAGGAGAAACGUGGAUGAAAAGUACAGCAGAAUCAUCCAGCAUCACUGCUGCACUGAUCACUACAAUCGUAUUUGCAGCAGCAAUCACUGUACCAGGUGGAAGCCACCAAGAAACAGGUGUACCAUUAUUUACAAAAAAUGCUGCUUUCAUUGUCUUUGCUGCAUCAGACUCAAUAGCACUGUGUGCAUCGACUAUGUCAUUGCUAAUGUUCUUAUCUAUCCUCACUACACGUUUUGCUGAGCAAGAUUUUCUCUUCGACUUACCAAAUCAGUUAAUUCUUGGUCUUUGCGCAUUGUUGAUAUCUACAACUGCCAUGAUGGUUGCCUUUGGUGCCACUUUGAUCCUUGUCUUUUCUCAUCAGAAAGCAUGGAUGCUUGGUCCAAUCUGUGGAUUACUUUGCAUACCAAUUACGAGUUUUGCUAUUCUUCAGUUUCCUCUUAUAGCCGAUUUAAUCUUAUCAACACAUUUCACCAUAUUUGGCAAGCCAUGUACCAGUCACCGUGGUCAGUUGAAUCGCAAUGGAUUAUGGUUGUUCCCUAGUAAGUUAAGCGAGUACAUUCUGGCUGUCUGGCAUUCAUGUAAUAAUGUAAUUAUAACAGGCGGGUGA